ACGAUCACUCCUUUCUGGACUUGGGUUGAUGAUUUGUUUAAAACAAAUUAUGUGACUAUAUAAUCUUUGAUAGUAUAUAAUCCUAGGGGCUAUAUGAUCUAUUUUUGGCCAUUGUAUAAUUUCGCAUAUAAGCAAUCUUUACUCCUCUGUCAUCAUCUGAGACUGUUUUCACACUAUUCACACCAAUUCUUAUUCUUGUUUUAGCCAUGCAGCAAAAAACACGUAAACGUUGGUGCCAACUUGAUUCUUAGGAGUCAUCUCCUAAUAAAAGCAAACGUCAGCUAAAGACACACCGCACUUCUCCUCCUAAUAGACUCAUUCGUUGUCUUUCUCAGAAAUACAAACCCAAAAUUAAACAAACAAAAAAAGGAAUGGCUAUUAUUACCUUGCUCCCACCAUUGACCAAACAAUCUACCUCUUCUUCAUUCACCAUCCGACUUCUCAGAAUCAAGAAUCAAGAAUUGCGAGAGAGAGAAACAUCUAAUUGUUCCUCUCGCAAUUCUCCUCCUCUUUCACACCUCCUCCCCAAAAAAAAAAUGCAUCCAAAAAAAAAACAUUGAAUUGAAAAUACAAACUCUUUGAUCACAAUGUCGAUGAUGUUUCCAUCGUUUCAGCUCCUAGAGCUGAACAUAAUCUCAGCUCAAGACUUAGCUCCUGUCGCCCGCAAGAUGAAGACAUACGCUGUUGCAUGGGUCCACUCCGAACGUAAACUCACCACGCGCGUUGACUACAACGGCGGAGCAAACCCAACGUGGAACGACAAAUUCGUAUUCAGAGUCAACGAAGAGUUCCUCUACGCCGACACAUCCGCCGUGGUCAUCGAAAUCUACGCCUUGCAUUGGUUCAGAGACGUCCACGUAGGCACGGUCCGUGUCCUGAUCAGCAACCUCAUCCCACCCAACCGUCGUCCAGGAUACAGAACCAGCAACAACGAGUACCGUCGCACGCCACCCACCCAGGGGAUGAGAUUCGUAGCGCUUCAAGUUCGUCGCACCUCGGGCCGACCUCAGGGGAUAUUGAAUAUCGGUGUUGGAGUGCUCGAUGGUUCCAUGAGAAGCAUGCCGCUUUACACGCAUAUGGACUCGUCUGCCGUGGGGUAUAGAGACUUGCUUGGUGAAGAGGAUCGUCACCUACAGCAUUUGCAUCUGAACAGCAACAAAGGGAGCUCUAAGAAUCCACAGUCUCCCACGACCUCGAGGCAGUUCCAGUCUGUUGUCUCGAGGCCGGAGCUACGUCGUACGAAGAGUGAUACGAGCUCGAUGGUUGUUUCUGAUCUUUUAAGCAGAGCUGAAAGGAGCCGUUUGGCUACCAGAAAGCCAGCGAGUGCAGUUGCGAGCAGCGAAUCUGAAGCUGUACCAACCACGACGGACUCUGACGACGCUUACACACCUCCAAGCGACACACGUAACGUUCCGAGGCAGAGAUACGACUCGUCAGAUCUCACAGAACCAUCAACGAGGGUGAAACCAAACUUGGUAGCGAGUCAAGAACCUCCUACGACUUACGGUUCGUAUCAUCAGUCACGUAAAACGCCGAGAAAGACACCAAUGCACGAGAAACAGAGACAGGUUAAAGACUAUAACCGAGGCAGAGCUUCACCGUACUUAUCAAGACACGGAACACCGUUGAGAUCAAACAUCGUAUCGUCAACUCCCAUGCAACAACCUAAUAACGGAGGUGGUAUUAGAUCAACUCCAAUGAGAUCAAACAUCGUCGGAAUGUCACCGAUGCGUCCCAACAUGGUCGAACUAACUCCCAUGCAGACUCCGAGACGGUCCAACAUGUACGGAACAACUCCAAGGAGGUCCAACAUCGUUGGCUCCACUCCGAUACGUUCGAACUACAAGGCUACACCGAUGAAGUCGGCUCAUCACGAUUACGGUACACCGAUGAGGUCAAACCUAGCCGGGAGGAGGAUCAUGACAGACUCGGAAGCGAAAGAUAAAUCUCACGAGACGGAAAGCUCGAUACUCAGUGACUGGAGCGUCGACGACUCUAGCAUCGAAGGAGCGCGUUCGAAGCUCGAGAUGUGGAGGACGGAGCUACCGCCGCUGUACGACAUUGGGUCAAGCCAAGUAAGCAGCACAGAUUACGACGGUUCGGUUGUUUAUGCCGCCGGUGGUGGUGGUGCCAACGGAGGAAGAAGUUCUAGACGGAAAACUCCGGCGGGGAAAAACGUUAACCGCCGUCAUAGUUCCGAAGGUAACGGUCUUUUCUCGUGUUUCAGUAAAAUUUGCGGCGUGGAAUGCAGUUUCGUAUGCGGCGGCGGAGGUGGUGGUGCUGCUGAUGAGUCGAAGAAAGGUGGGGGUGGUGGUCGCGUGCACCGCACAUACUCUGCUGAUGAUUUGAGCUCUUUAUGAUUUUAUUUAUGUUCAAUGUUUUUUUGGACCGAUUGAUGUUAUUAUUUAUUUUUCUUUUGGGGGAUGAGAAGGUGAAAAGGAGCGGGAGUGAAUUAUGCAACAGUGUUUCUAGUAAAAGAAAUGUUAAUCUUAUCACUGUUGAUGAAUUA